AUGUCGCUUGACGUGUUGAGAAAACAAGUAUUAUCGAACGAGGAAGAAGAAAAAGUAGAAGUCAAUCAGAGACACUUGAUUGAUAAAGUUCUCGCUAGAUAUUCCACAAAAUUUGUGGUGUUUCGAGAAUUAAUGCAAAACGCAGAUGAUGCAAAGUCAUCGAAAAUAGAGAUCUUUUUCGAAACGGACGGGAGUACUGAGGCAGACCCAAACAUCAAAAUCUGCACCAGAAUAUUAUUUAAAAACAAUGGGUUUAUCUUCAGGCCAGAAGAUUGGGAUCGUUUGAAGAAAAUAGCCGAGGGAAAUCCUGAUCAACAAAAAAUUGGUGCGUUUGGCGUUGGAUUUUACUCACUAUUUUCAGUAUGCGAGGAACCAUUUAUCUUUUCCGGAGACCAUGGCAUGGGGUUUUAUUGGCGUAAUUGCCAAUUACAUGCCAAAUUUGGACCAAUAGACAAUAAUAAUAAUCAAUGGACAACAUUUUUGAUGGAUCUCAGAGAACCCUUUCAAAUUCCAACAUUUGAUGAAUUCGGAAAAUUUCUAGCAACGUCGAUGGUAUUCACCGAAAACCUUCGUGAGAUAUGCGUACAUACAAACAAUACAAGAAACCUAAAACUUUCAAAAAAAAUAAUAGACACAUCAGUUAUGGAAGUACCCAAGCACUUGAAUACGUGCUCGCCAAGAAGAAUAUUUUAUCUUAAAUCAAUCAAUGUGCGACGUGUAGAAGUGCAAGUAGAACGCCUUAACAUAACAGCGAACUCGAACACAACUUUUAGCUGCCAAAUGAAUAAUGCAACCAUCCACCUUCACGUGGCAACUGGCAAUUUAGACGUAGACGUGACGGAGACUUUCUCGGCGGAGAUGGAACGCAGUAUUAAAAAAAAACCGCCAACCACAACAGUAAUUCAACUGUUGUUCCCAGAAUUCGAAUAUGGACUUUCAGUUAUAGAGAGCAGAGCGACGGAGGACGUUUCUAAAACGUUUAACAAUCUGUUACCGUAUCCAGAGCAAGGAAGGAUAUUUAUCGGUUUCCCGACGCACCAGACGACUGGACAUUCAUCGCACUUGGCAGCAAGGUUUAUUCCUACGGUCGAACGCGAAUCAAUAGACUUGGUGGACAAGACGUUAGCCAUAUACAACGAAGAGCUACUGUCAACGGCAGGAAUUCUUACUCGUGUCGUAUAUGAAGAACAAAUGGACCAACUAUCCCACUUCUAUACUGACUCUGUUAGUUCCAGAAUUAAUCCAGAUGGCGAAGAAGUGCAUACGGCACGCAAAUUGGUUCAAAAAAAAGCUGCACGAAUUCUUAACCAUUUUACUUUUCGCUCAAGCACACCUAACAAUUACGUAGGCACCAUAAUGGAAAGGAUGUUUUUUUCCUGCUCCAAUAAACCUCUGUCCGUCAUCUCUUCCAUCGGUGUCCGCCCUAUUCAAUCAGUAAGAUUGCCCGACGCUGGUAUGGAGGGAUUUAUCAAGGUAAUCCCCGUUAUUCCAAAGAACGUGCUGAACGAUUGCAGAACUUUCUUUGAAAAGGCCAAGGAACGAAGGAUAAUAAAAGAGAUUACGUUGGAGGAUGUGUUAAACUUGGAACUGCAGGAGAGAAUAUUGACCGAAACAGAAAUGACAGCGUUAAUGCAGUGGUGGAUUGGCUAUUGUUCGAAGAGCCAAGUGUCGGACAUAGAAAAAGCGCAAUUUCUGCUCCAAGCGACAACUAUUGUCAAUGAUAAAGUCUUGGCGUUGGCUAGUUUCAAGCAUUUCUUGAAUUCUACCUUGGCGGCAAUUGACAGUGAUUUUCCUAUCAAUACGUUACCAUAUACGAUUACCAAAACGCUUGUUAAAAAAUCCCUUGAAAAUUACUUUGGAAAUUACAGAGAGCUUCCGCUCCUCACUUGGGUAGAAUUUAUCAUUAAAACGCCGAAAAUGCUCCAAAAACUCGAAUCCGACACAGCCUUUGCCGAAAAUUUCCUCGGUAUCCUCGGCCAAUCCUUCAAGUCCCUCUCCACGACAGAUCAAGAGGCUCUCCAUACUCUGUUGAACAGAAGAAAAAUUAUUCCUACAAAAUACGGGAUGUUUAUUCCUGACCAGUCCUAUUUGUCGUCAGUAACCGUCUUACCCGACUUGCCCACAAUAUACUUAAAAAAACCUCGGCGUGCAUUGGAACCUUUUCUAACUUUUCUUGGCGUCCGCAAGUAUGUCGAAUUACAAUUAAUAUUUGAUCGAUUAAUUGCCCAAGGCAAUUGGGAUCAUAUAAAUCUGGUAAAAUACUUGAUACCAAGAGUUGAUGAUAUAACGCCUGAUGAAAAGGAAAAACUACGAACAACUGCAAUAUGGCCAUGUGAGGACGGACGUGGAAUAAAAAAACAUUUGAUAACUGAUUUAUAUGCUCCAUUGCCAGAGUUGAAAGAACUUGAUUUACCAAUUAUUAAAUGGAAGAAAGGUUUGCCUGAUAAUCUGGCUGAAGCUAAAUUUCUAACAAGUCUUGGCCUCCGUAUAUAUCCGCCAUUGAACCACAUCCUCUCACUGGCCGCUCCUCCGACUGAGACCAAGCUUCGAUGCAAAGCUCUCGAUUAUUUUUUACGCCAUUUCAAAGAUUACUACGCAACAGAUUACACACAUUCUGUAAAUACAGCAUUUCUUCCUUGCGCUGACCCAACGAUGUAUGCUACGCCUUCCAACUGUUUUGCCAAUCCUGCGUGUUCAGAUAUGGGAUUCAAUGUUUUGCGACAUGAUUUGCGUAUUUAUGCUGCAAUGUUAUUUGUAGAGCAGGAUCCACCAAAAUUAGAACUAACAGAUAGAUUGAUUAAUAAGCCACCGAAAAAUAACAUGGAAGCAAGGAAAACUCUUGAAUAUCUUGCGACACAACUAGGAGUGUUUGAAAACGCUGAUUGGGAGGAGUUGAGUGGGGCCAAUUUUAUUCCUAUAACGGAUGAUGAGAAUCACGUUGUGCACACCAAUCCGAAUAGUUGUCUGCUUGAGAGUCAUGAUGAAAGAUAUAAAGGUUUUUUUACUUAUGUUGACUUCGGAGAAAAGGCAAAUUUAUUUCUCAAGUCAUGUGGCGUACACUUAUCACCGUCUGCAGAAAAGCUUGCCUGGCGACUCGUUCAUUCUUCAAUCGAAUCCCCGUCAAGAAUGGAUAAAGACGGCGAGCAUUAUAAAGAGUUUCUCUAUUCAAUUGCUAUAGGCCUUAAUACUAUACGACAAAAACCCAAACUAAUCUCUGCAAUGAAACAGUCACCCAUGUUCUUGGGAUAUAAAAUAGUAUCUUCUAAUGGAGAGGACAAAACGCAGUCUUUUGAUAUUACCACAUCGCAACGAAUUUUUAUAAGCGAUAGUGACAUAAUACAGAGAAUGUUUGAUGUUCUGAUAUGCCCAGAGGAAGAGUAUUUGGAACGACUUUAUGAGCAUCUUGGCAGUAUGCGGUUAAAGCAAAGUGUGGCUAUCUCACACGAGUCGAAAGGCCAAGCGAAAAUCUCGGAACAAUCUGCCAAGCUUGAAUCCUUAAUACGGGAACGUAUACCUUUAUAUCUAUGCACAUGUAGCAGUCGCUCCAGCAUGAGUCAUGAUACCUCAUGGGUACAAAAUAUUUCUGUCAGAGAAGUUCAAGAAAUACGAAAAACGUACCUUCUAAUUCCAACGGGCGAGAGCAAAACCGAACAAACUUCGUGCUAUUUAUGCAAUGACAAUGACGGGUCGGAACGUACGUUAUUAAUUACCGGAGGCCAACCUGAGUAUUCGGAAAUAGCGGCUAAUUUGGACGACGCUAUUUGUAUUAAACCAAGCAUGAAACAUUCACUGGCUUUGGCUUCAAUACUGACAAUGCCGCUAGAUGGCUUGAGAAAGCUGGGGUGUCCUGUGGAUAGAAUUGCAAGGAAGCGCCAGAGAACCAAAACAAUUGCCGUCGAUCGGGGUUGGAGAACCUCGUCGAUAUGGCGUAGAACAGAAAAUCGACAAACUGGAAUACCAAUACCGUCGACACCGGACGAUAUAACGACGAUAGAGGCUACGAUACGCAAGGCUCUCAAAACUUUUAAACCUUAUCCCGGUACUAUGAUCAAGAGUCAGACGACAAUUCAUCGGAUGGACGUGGAUUCGAGCAGUUACUGUGAUAUUACGACUGGUCAUUCGUUAGAGUUUAUCUGUCGCAUAAACCAAAUAGAAGUCUAUGCAUCAAAACCUGUCGGAUACACUAACUGCGCAAGCAUCAGAAUGCACCCCGAUAUUAAGAAAUUUGCGAAACUUCUCGACGAACUUUGUAGCAUAUUUGAGCUGUCGAUGUCUACAGUUCAUAUAUUUUACGAGAUCGGAAAGACACAAGCAUUUAACCGUAACGGCUCAUUAUUCUUUAAUUUGUACUUUUAUGAGAUACUACACACCACUGCCAAGGAAAAGACUGCAAUGAUAAACUGGUUUUUUACCUUUUGUCAUGAAAUGGCGCAUCAUUUUGAGCCAUUACAUAAUGCAAGACAUGAG